AGAGGCGCGCGAAGCCGGAGAAGGAGGGUAUGGAGGAGAAGCCAGGGAAACUACAAUCCCGGCCUUCCUUGCGCCUGCGACAGCAUACCGACAACGAAAGAGGAGGGAGUUGGGUCGGGACCACAACUCCCAGCACCUCCCGCGAUGUCUCUUCUUUCCUUUCAAAACGCGGAGGAAAAGAGGAACUGGGAGAAUGGAAGCUUUCUGGAGCCUGUUCUCCGAAAGGCGGGAAAGGCGAACUACACCUCCCGACUGGCAGCGCGCGGCUGCGCCUGCGCCCUGAUGCCUGUCGCCAUCUUGCCCCUUCUGAGGCACCGCAAACAAACCCAAUUCCUGGUGUUCCCUAGUCUUGGCGGAGGAGCCUUUUAGAUGAGCCCCGAAAGGCCGGGCAGGGAAGACAAGCUCUUUGGGGCUACCAAAAAGAAGCAGCAAUGCCUGUUGUGUGGCCAACCCUUUUGGAUCUCAGCAGGGAUGAAUGCAAAAGGAUUCUUCGAAAAUUGGAAUUGGAGGCAUAUGCUGGAGUUAUCAGUGCACUUCGGGCACAGGGGGAUCUCACCAAGGAAAAGAAAGAUCUUCUUGGAGAACUCUCAAAAGUUCUUAGCAUCUCAACAGAGCGCCACCGUGCUGAAGUUCGGAGAGCAGUAAACGAUGAACGGUUAACAACAAUUGCACAUAAAAUGAAUUUAUCCUUAUAUUUGGGUGAAAGACCAAGUUACAGUAUGUCUGGACCUAAUAGCUCUUCAGAAUGGUCCAUUGAAGGUCGUCGAUUGGUCCCACUGAUGCCCCGGUUGGUUCCCCAAACCGCCUUCACUGUAACAGCUAAUGCUGUUGCCAAUGCAGCUAUCCAGCACAAUGCAUCUCUUCCAGUGCCUGCAGAAACAGGAAGCAAGGAAGUAGUGGUUUGCUAUUCCUACACAAGUACCACGUCAACCCCAACCUCUACCCCUGUUCCAAGUGGCAGCAUAGCAACGGUUAAGUCUCCAAGACCUGCCAGUCCUGCCUCCAAUGUAGUUGUCUUGCCAAGUGGAAGUACUGUUUAUGUCAAAAGUGUUAGCUGUUCAGAUGAAGAUGAAAAACCCAGAAAACGAAGGCGAACAAAUUCUUCUAGCUCGUCCCCCGUUGUCCUAAAGGAAGUUCCAAAGGCUGUUGUUCCGGUCUCAAAGACGAUCACUGUGCCUGUGAGUGGCAGUCCCAAGAUGAGCAACAUCAUGCAGAGCAUUGCCAACUCCUUACCGCCCCACAUGUCUCCUGUGAAAAUAACCUUCACCAAACCAUCAACACAGACGACAAACACAACAACACAGAAGGUUAUUAUAGUGACCACAUCACCAAGUUCAACCUUCGUGCCCAACAUUCUCUCCAAAUCCCAUAACUAUGCAGCAGUCACUAAGCUUGUACCGACAUCAGUCAUUGCUUCCACAACCCAGAAGCCACCAGUGGUUAUAACUGCUUCACAGUCCUCCCUGGUCAGUAGUAGCAGCAGUGGCAGCAGCAGUUCUACACCAUCACCUAUUCCUAGUACAGUUGCAGUAACAGCUGUGGUUUCUUCCACGCCAUCAGUGGUCAUGUCAACAGUAGCACAAGGCGUAUCUACAUCAGCGAUCAAAAUGGCAUCGACCAGACUUCCUUCCCCCAAAAGUUUAGUGGGUGCCCCAACUCAGAUUCUUGCACAGUUUCCUAAACAGCAUCAACAGUCUCCUAAGCAGCAGUUACAUCAAGUGCAGCAACAGACCCAGCAGCAGGUGGCCCAGCCUGCUCCAGUAUCUCAUCAGCAACAGCCUCAGCAGUCUCCUUUGCCACCUGGUAUCAAGCCUACCAUUCAAAUCAAACAGGAGUCAGGUGUUAAAAUCAUCACACAACAAGUUCAGCCAAGUAAAAUCUUACCUAAGCCAGUGACAGCAACUCUGCCCACCAGUAGCAAUUCCCCUAUUAUGGUGGUUAGCAGUAAUGGUGCAAUUAUGACAACUAAACUGGUAACCACUCCUACUGGCACACAGGCAACCUAUACCCGGCCAACAGUGAGCCCAUCCAUAGGUCGGAUGGCUGCAACCCCAGGAGCUGCAACCUAUGUGAAAACUACCAGUGGUAGCAUCAUUACAGUAGUACCCAAAUCAUUAGCUACCUUGGGGGGCAAGAUAAUUAGCAGUAAUAUAGUUUCUGGAACGACUACCAAAAUCACUACAAUCCCAAUGACUUCCAAGCCCAAUGUGAUUGUUGUGCAAAAGACUACAGGAAAAGGAACGACCAUUCAAGGCCUCCCGGGCAAAAACGUUGUCACAACAUUGCUAAAUGCUGGAGGAGAAAAGACUAUUCAGACGGUACCAACAGGAGCAAAGCCAGCUAUUAUCACUGCUACAAGACCCAUCACCAAAAUGAUUGUAACUCAGCCAAAAGGAAUAGGUUCCACAGUUCAACCAGCAGCUAAAAUCAUCCCGACAAAAAUUGUUUAUGGGCAGCAAGGGAAAACACAGGUUCUUAUUAAACCCAAACCAGUGACAUUUCAAGCCACAGUUGUUAGUGAACAAACAAGGCAGCUGGUCACAGAAACAUUACAGCAAGCAUCUAGGGUAGCAGAAGCUGGUAAUUCAUCUAUUCAAGAGGGAAAAGAAGACCCACAGAGUUAUACAGAUAGUAGUUCCUCUUCUACAGAGUCCUCCCAAAGUUCCCAAGAUUCCCAGCCUGUAGUUCAUGUAAUUGCUUCCCGGCGUCAGGAUUGGUCAGAACAUGAGAUUGCAAUGGAGACUAGCCCCACCAUAAUUUAUCAGGAUGUAUCCAGUGAAUCACAAUCAGCUACUUCAACAAUCAAAGCUCUAUUAGAACUCCAACAGACAACAGUAAAGGAAAAAUUGGAAUCUAAACCAAGACAACCCACUAUUGACUUGAGUCAGAUGGCAGUGCCUAUUCAGAUGACCCAGGAAAAGAGACAUUCUCCUGAGAGUCCAUCCAUUGCUGUGGUAGAGUCAGAACUAGUUGCUGAAUACAUCACUACUGAACGCACUGAUGAGGGGACAGAGGUUGCUUUUCCCCUUCUAGAUGCUGUGGUGAUUUCUGGAGAAAUAUCAUCACCUCCUCUAUUUUCAGUCAGCCAUCGCUCCCAGCCCCAACAGCCCUCCCAGCCCCAGCGGACCCUGCUCCAGCAUGUGGCUCAGUCACAGACCGCAACACAGACUUCGGUGGUGGUGAAGUCCAUCCCGGCAUCUUCCCCUGGAGCGAUCACCCACAUUAUGCAGCAGGCAUUAAGCAGUCACACUGCUUUUACCAAACACAGCGAGGAACUUGGAACUGAGGAGGGCGAGGUUGAAGAGAUGGACACUUUAGACCCUCAGACAGGUCUGUUUUACCGAUCUGCCCUGACUCAGUCACAGUCAGCUAAGCAGCAGAAACUUAGCCAGCCCCAGCUGGAACAGACUCAGCUGCAAGUGAAAACUCUGCAGUGCUUCCAGACUAAACAGAAGCAGACCAUCCACCUGCAGGCAGACCAGCUCCAGCACAAACUCCCGCAAAUGCCCCAGCUUUCCAUCAGGCAUCAGAAACUCACCCCUCUCCAGCAAGAACAAGCACAGCCCAAGCCAGAUGUACAGCACACACAGCAUCCCAUGGUGGCCAAAGACAGGCAGCUUCCUACCUUAAUGGCACAGCCCCCGCAAACUGUAGUACAGGUGCUUGCAGUGAAAACCACGCAGCAGCUCCCUAAACUGCAGCAGGCUCCGAACCAACCAAAAAUCUACGUGCAACCCCAAACCCCCCAGAGCCAAAUGCCGCUCCCAGCCUCAUCAGAGAAACAGCCGGCAAGCCAGGUGGAGCAGCCAAUUAUAACCCAAGGAUCCUCUGUUACAAAGAUAACUUUUGAGGGGCGCCAGCCUCCCACAGUUACAAAGAUAACUGGUGGCAGUUCUGUGCCUAAGCUGACAUCACCAGUUACAAGCAUAUCUCCCAUUCAGGCUUCUGAGAAGACAGCUGUGUCAGACAUUUUGAAAAUGUCUUUGAUGGAAGCUCAGAUUGAUACAAAUGUAGAGCAUAUGGUAGUGGAUCCCCCAAAGAAGGCUCUUGCCACUAGUAUGCUCACUGGUGAAGCAGGAUCAUUACCCUCCACCCACGUGGUGGUGGCAGGGAUGGCGAAUUCCACUCCCCAGCAACAGAAAUGUAGAGAGUCCUGUUCAAGUCCAUCUGCUGUUGGCCCUCCCUUAACGACAAGGAAAAUCGAUGCACCAGGAGUGCCUACAACAGGCCAGUUCAUGCGUAUUCAGAAUGUAGGCCAAAAGAAAGCUGAAGAGAGCCCAGCAGAAAUUAUCAUCCAGGCCAUUCCCCAGUAUGCUAUUCCUUGUCACUCUAGUUCCAACGUGGUUGUAGAGCCCAGUGGGCUUCUUGAGCUCAACAACUUCACUAGCCAGCAGUUGGAUGACGAUGAGACGGCAAUGGAGCAAGACAUAGACAGUAGCACAGAAGAUGGAACCGAGCCCAGCCCCUCUCAGAGUUCUGCUGAACGGUCCUAAGUGUUUUGGACACAGGAGUGCACUUUAAAACCUACUUGGUUACCAAGUGUCCAGGGAAGCCCUUGAUUUUUGAUGUCUAAAGAGAGCACUUUGCCCAUGCUUAGGCUGUGGACCCCAAAAUAGCAGUGUUUCAACAAAACUGCUGCAGGAGCAGCGUUUUAAAACAAGAUAAAACUCACAGGGGAAUGUACUUUUAAAAGAAAAAGGAAAAAAAAAAAAAAAAAAAAAAAGGAAAGAUGCACAUCUACAGUGACGUGUAAGACCUGAUAUUUCUCCGUUGGACCACGGCUGAUGGAAAAGUUUGUCGUGCAGUGGAAAGAGACUUUUCCUGUGAAUGUUCCUCAACUGGUUUCUACUGAGCAAAACACCAUCAGAAAAGGAGAAUGUGAAUAGUUCAUAUUUUGAAACGGUGUGUCAGGAACAGGUUUUUUAAAAAAUCUUGUAUGUUUUUGCAAAUCCCUGGAAGUGUUGAAUUGAUUAACAUUUUACAUUUGCUCAGUUUAUAGUUUAUAAAAUAACUAGAAAAAUACUGGCAUUAAAGAAUCCUUGUUUAGAUGGUGGAAAUCAGAUCCCUAACCAGUGGGAAAGUGCUUUUUGGAUGGCUUGUACAUUCUCACCAAUUGUAUGCUAAUUUAUUGUGUCGUUGUUCCUUUGUGCUCAAGGCAGCACACUUGCCUUCUAUUUAUUUAAAUGUAAACAUUUCAAAGCAGGCCGUAUUCUUUCUGACAAAUUUCCUGUAAACCAGGAUUGCCUGCCCUUUCCACCUCCCACUCUGCCCAGCACCUUUAAGAAAACUUAAAGAGAAGUUAAGAGAAAAUGUUUCAUUGUGAAGGAGAGGAAAAGAAACAUUUUCUGGCCCAAAGGAAGCUUUUGUUCAGUUAUGUUCAGGAAAAAUUAUUCAUAUGAUGCUAUCUUAACAUUGAAAUUGCACAUUCAUGUUGGACUGAGACUUUGAAAAUAACUUUUACAUAGUUUCGUUUAACACCCUUUGAAAUGUAUAAAAAUUCAUUUACAGUUCUAAAUGUAAUGUUUUUAAGCAUUCUGCCUUUUAGGACACAGUUUGUUUAAGCAAUAUGUUUGGGUCUUGUGAUCACUGUCUGUCACAAGUAGAGCAAGGGGUAAGAGGGUGGGGAGGGCAACAGUUUUGACAAGUUGUGGCAAAGGAAGCAAUUCUUUUUGUUUUUAAAAAAAUGUAAAUAGAGAAGUUUUUAACGGUUUUAUAUAGAUUUCACUAUAAAUAAGCAUUUUAAGACUGACAGAUGUUGAACUGUACAUACAUAUAUCAGCAUAACUGCCCAAUUUUUUGGUGCUGAAGUACUGUAAGUAGAAUUCAUCAACAGUCUCCUAACUUUUGCAUCUAUAUCUAGGAAAAAAAAACUGUGAUACUGUAGUUAAUAAAUUCCCACUAGAGUGACACUGAAGAUUUAAACACAAGCAUUCAUAAGAUGCACUGAUCUCUGGUAGUUGUCAUUAUUUCUCCUAAGCGGUAACGACUUACCCAUAGAUGGAGCUGUUGGAUUUUAUUUUCUUGUACAAAUUCAUGUUUAAAAGACUUGUGAUUGUUUCUAGUUAAGUAAUUUUUUUAACCUCUCCAGUCAUAGGCUUCUUUGAAAAUAUGAUUACACUAUGAACUCUCACCAAAAAGAUACAUAUGCCAACAUACAUGUUAGAUUUUGCAUACAAUUUUAGGGGUUCAUGGGCCCCUAAGCCUAUCCAUGUAUUCAAGGUUAAGCCCUCUGUUAUGGUCAGUCCAUUACUUACAGAUGUAAGUUUUUAUAAAAUAAAAUAUCUUUUAAAUAUUCAUGGAUCAGGUAACAGGAGCAAACUUGAAUAAAGUUAUUAUGUUCUACUUCUA